AUGCUCAGCAUAAUAAACUCCAUCCCUGUACGAUUUUUUAGGAUGAGAUUGCGGGAUCCCCGUAUCAGGAGUUUCUUAAACCCUCCAAUUUCUCCAUGCCCUGGUCUAGCCCUCAAAGCCCCUGAAGACUGGACCGUCGAAAAAUACUUUACCAAAAUCGGCGGAGAUUUAUCAGAAUAUGUUGACAAAUUCUCCACAGUUCAAGAAGUCCUAGACGCCCACAGGUUCGAAUUAAAAGGAAAAGGCAUCCCAGCAAGGAAAAGGAAAUACAUUAUGAUGGUCAAUGAAUAUUUCCGAAGAGGAUUUUUGAGCUUUGAGCAUAUAGAAAAAAGAACAGCCACACCCAAAAAGCCAUGGUCUAAGAAAAAAUCAGCAAAAGCUCCAGCUAAGAAGGCAAAACCUGAUGAUAAAGCAGGGGAUAAGGGAAAGAAAGAGGCAGCUAAGAAAUAA